CGCCGCGGCCGGCGGACGACACUGAUGAGAAACCAGCUGUGGACAGGGGAAGGGCGCUCUGUCGGUCACCGCAGUGUGUUCCCUGGAUCGUGGAAGCCGUUGACCCCCAGCCCCCGGGAAGUGACGGGCCUCAGUGCCCGCUCGCCUCCGGGUGCGAGGUACCAGCUGGAGGAUGACUCUGCCCAUUUGGAUGAAAUGCCACUGAUGAUGUCUGAAGAAGGCUUUGAGAAUGACGAGAGUGACUACCACACGUUGCCACGAGCCAGGGCCAUGCGGAGGAGACGAGGGCUGCCGUGGUUCCUCUGUGGAGGGUGGAAGUUUCUCUGCACCAGUUGCUGCGAUUGGCUGAUAAAUGUUUGUCAGAGAAAAAGAGAGCUGAGAGCUCGCACCGUGUGGCUCGGACAUCCUGAGAAGUGUGAAGAGAAGCACCCCAGAAAUUCCAUCAAAAAUCAGAAAUACAAUGUCUUUACCUUUAUUCCUGGGGUUUUGUAUGAACAGUUCAAGUUCUUCUUGAAUCUCUAUUUUCUGGUAGUCUCCUGCUCCCAGUUUGUACCAGCACUGAAGAUAGGCUAUCUCUACACCUACUGGGCUCCUCUGGGAUUUGUCUUGGCUGUUACUAUUAUGAGGGAAGCAAUGGAUGAAUUUCGGCGUUUUCAGCGAGACAAGGAGGUGAAUUCACAACUAUACAGCAAGCUCACAGUAAGAGGGAAAGUCCCCGUCCAGAGCGCAGACAUACACGUCGGAGACCUCAUCGUGGUGGAAAAGAAUCAAAGAAUUCCAUCGGACAUGGUGUUUCUUAGGACUUCAGAAAAAGCAGGUUCAUGUUUUAUUCGAACUGAUCAGCUGGAUGGUGAAACUGACUGGAAGCUGAAAGUGGCUGUGAGCUGCACGCAGAGGCUGCCAGCCCUGGGGGACCUGUUUUCCAUCAGCGCCUAUGUCCAUGCCCAGAAGCCGCAGCUGGAUAUUCACAGCUUUGAGGGCACGUUUACCAGGGAAGACAGUGAUCCACCCAUUCAUGAGAGUCUCAGCAUAGAAAAUACAUUGUGGGCAAGCACAGUUGUUGCAUCAGGUACUGUAAUAGGUGUUGUCAUUUAUACUGGAAAAGAGACUCGAAGUGUAAUGAACACAUCCAAUCCAAAAAAUAAGGUAGGCUAGAUUAAGGGGCAACUGCUUAAUGAACUUGCUUUUCCCUUUCAGUAAGAAAGUACCUGUAGUUCUGAGUAGCCCACUCAUUUUAGUUUAAUACGUAACCUAAAACAGACUUUCAAACUGCUGAUUUAGGAUAUGAAUUCUCUGUAUUUAUGUAACAACAUGCUCAUACAGAAGAAUUUCCAAAAGUAUCUUUUCUUGGAUAAUCGGUUUUGUAUGUCUCUUAAAUUUUCAUUGUUGGAUAUAUAAUUUGCCCAUAAUUUGACAGUUAAUUGUGGGUCUCUGAAUUUCUUUUCAAUCUAUUUAUUUUACAAUUUGCUCUUUAUUUUUAUGUUAAUGAUUCAUUUUAAUAUAAAGGAAUCUGCACUGUUUUUAGAGUAAUUUGAUAGUGUUAUAUUGUUAACCUAGUCUAUGUAAAUUAUUUACAUUUUAGAAGAGGUAUUUUAAAAACCAGGUUUUGGUUUUAAAGACUGCUUGAUUCUAUUUCUAAAUUGAUUGUCUUCCUGUCAUAUUCCUAAAAUUGUUAUUUAUCCACGCAACGUGUGUGCAAGUUAAAUCACGCAAAGCCACAUAGGUGAGCUUUCCGGGUGUGACCGCAGGUAA